AAAAUUUCCUAAGAAUAGAACUCACGUGCUCGAUACCUAAAUUUAUUAGUUUAUACAGUGUGUUAAAUUCAUUAUAUAGCAAAUCAAUCCACUGAUACUUGCUUAACCGAUAUUUGUUGCAGUAGCAGUUAGGUUAAGUACAUUGUACCAACGCCGUCACAUUGUGAAUUAUUACUCUUUAUUCACGGGUUUUUCGAAAAUUAACGUUUCGAUAAAUGGGAUCAUUCACUCCGGGCUAAACGACGAAAGAAUUAUAAAACGAAAUUUUAACACAAAGUAUAAAUAAACUUGGUUGAAAAAUUUCGGAAACGACUCUCUCUUCGUUGCAUAAGCAACAUCUUAAAAUUUCGUUUUUGCCCGGACCAAGUGCAUCUCCUAAAAUGCCGCGUACGCAGAUUUCCGAAGAUGACAGCGUAGUUCAAAGCUGCCCCCUCUGUGUAUUGCCUGACAUCAGCCAAAUGGUUCGCUGCGAUAAGUGUCGACGAAAGUUCCAUUUCUCAUGCGUUGGUGUGACCAAAGCUAUUGCCAACAACGAUUGGAGCUGUCAGGAGUGCCACAGCGCCAUAAUUCCUGUUCCAAUGUCGCAAGCAGCUGCCACACAGCCACUGGAAGAUUUAUCUAACGUCGAUCAAUCGGCGCAAUCAAUAAUACCAUCUGUAGCCUCGAAUUCACAAACGACAAAUAUGUCAUCAUUUCUUAAUGGAUUUCCCGGGAAUCAGUUCUACAUUCCGCCAUGCGAAUCCACGCCGUCGAUUAGUACAGAGGAUCUGAGGCCUACACACUCUGUGCCACAAACGGUACCAAUUAUGACAACCUGCAUCAUCAUCGCAACCGAAUAUUGUUUCCCAAAUGCCAAUGGAAUUACAACUUCGCUUUCUUGCGGAGGAACAAGCUCUUGAAAGGAAACAUUUGCUGCAACGUUAUCAACUGAUGAUGGGCGCGCCUUUGGCUGUGAUAUCGAGUACGUCUAUUCCAUCGUCUGGAUUUUACAGUAGUACACAUACAAUAAUCCCUUCUCAUCAAAUUUCGGGAUAUCAACCCCGAUCAACAAAUGAUUUGCCACCUAGCGGAAUGUUUUCCAACCCGCAAUCCCAGUCCUCGCCUGUACACGAUCCUCAUCACUCCAGAAGGCCGAUUCAGACUACUGCUGGACCUCAAUUUCAACCCUCACCAGUAGUGUCAGCUCAUCCAAACUUCCCAUGUGUUGAUCCGAUCGAUCCAUUGCAAGGGACCAGAAUUGGGAAUGAAUCCACCUUGCUCAACAGAAGCCAGAUUGCUGCUCGACAAGCUGUGUCAAAGGACCUUCCGGAGUACAACGGUGAUCCAGAACAGUGGCCAUUAUUCAUCGCUACAUUCGAGAGCACAACACGUCUCUGUGGCUACACCUUUGAAGAAAACAUGAUGCGGUUGCAAAAAUGUCUCAAGGGUAAGGCCUUGGAUGCAGUUAAGUGUCAGCUCCUACACCCGAGGAACCUUGAGAGUGUAUUGGCAACACUAAAAAUGUUAUUCGGUCGUCCGGAGAUAAUUGUACACUCGCUUAUCCAGAAAGUUCAACUUUUGCCCGCGCCAAACGCUGAUAAAUUAUGUACGUUGGUUGAUUUUGCCAUCGCCGUUAGGAACAUGGUAGCAACGAUACAAAACUGCAACCUAGAGGAGCAUCUCUGUAACAUCUCUCUUCUACAAAGUCUUGUGGACCGCCUUCCACCCAUGAUUAGGCUGAAUUGGGCAACAUAUCGUCAGGGUCUACGUCGAGCAACACUCAUUGAGUUCAGCGCAUGGCUCUACACACUUGCCGAGGCAGCUAGUACGGUAACGCUUCCGCAAGCCCAAAUUGUGUUAGAUAAAUCUCGGCGCUUGAGAAAAGAUGACGGUUUUUUGAAUGCACAUACUGAAUCUGCUCCGAAGCCUAAAGCACAUGUCAGCGGCUCCCGAUUCGGUAGAUGUUUAUUCUGUCGAGGAAACUGUGAAGCCGUGGAAGAUUGCAAGCAGUUUUUGAUAUUGGAUCAUGCAUCACGAUGGAAUGCGCUCCGAGAAUAUAAGCUUUGUCGUAGUUGCCUCGGGAAGCACCAGGGUCCGUGCAAAUUUAUUAAAGAAUGUGGUAAAAAAGGAUGUACGUACAAGCAUCAUCGAUUGUUGCACAACGACGCGAAGGAUAAGCCUCCCUUCUCUUCUACAUUAAGUUGCCAGGAGCUAAGCGGUAGUACAAGUAAGCAGGACACCACCGAGCAUACUUGCAACACUCAUCGAAGCAACAACAAAUCUGUGUUGUUUCAGUACAUACCCGUCACACUCUACAACAAAGGAACACGAAUCAACACCUUCGCCUUCCUCGAUUGCGGAUCGUCGUUAACAUUGCUGGAAGAAGGGCUAGCUUCGGAGUUGCAACUGAGAGGAGAAAAGCAUCCACUUUGUUUACGUUGGACUGCUGAUACCUGCCGGUACGAAGAUUCGGCCAUGAGAGUUUCGCUUGAAAUAUCUGGUACACGAAACGGGAAAACAAAGCAUCGUCUUACUGAUGUCUACACCGUGAGGGAUUUGAAUCUUCCCCCUCAGUCUCUUUCAUUUGAAGAAUUAUGUACGAAGCAUGAUUAUUUGCAAGGAAUACCGGUGGAUUCGUAUUCAAACAUUCAGCCUCGUAUAUUAAUCGGUAUGAAUAACAUACGUGUUGUUAACCCUUUGGAAAGCCGCGAGGGUACAGAGCACGAGCCGAUAGCGGCCAAGACAAGGUUGGGAUGGAUGGUUUACGGAAUGUGUCCUGCGGGAAGUCCGAGUAACGCUCCACAUAGUUUUCAUAUGUGUCAUCACUCCCUAGAAGAUGACGCCGAACUGAAUUCAGCGGUCAAGGCCCAUUUUGCCUUUGAAAAUUUGGGCAUUUCUAAACCAGAAAAGUUGCUCCUAUCGACGGAAGAUGAACGAUCCAGUAAAAUGAUGCGUUCAGUUACGAAGUUCGAAAAUGGAAGGUGGCAAACAGGGUUGCUAUGGAAAUUUGACGACAUCCGACUCCCUGACAGCAGGCCGAUGGCAUUGCGACGACACACUUGUCUCAUGAAGAGGAUGGAACGUGACUUAAGUUUAGCUGCAACGCUCAGAGCAAAAAUGGACGAAUAUUCAGAGAAAGGCUACGUCCGCAAGCUGUCACUGGAGGAACUGCAGGAACACAGGGAUCGUAUAUGGUACUUGCCAAUUUUCCCUGUGUUCAACCUUAACAAGCCAAACAAGAUUCGAAUGGUUUGGGAUGCAGCAGCGACGGUGAGAGGAGUCUCGCUUAACACCGUUCUCAUGAAAGGUCCAGAUCUUCUGACAGCAUUACCAUUUGUACUGUAUGGAUUUCGUGAGCGCCCAAUUGCAGUAUCUGGAGAUAUCGCCGAGAUGUUCCUGCGUAUACUAAUGAGUCCGCUAGAUCAACAUUGUCAGCGGAUUAUUUGGUGUGAGCAGGAUGGUACGAUUGCAGAAUAUGUUGUAACCGUAAUGACGUUUGGCGCUAAAUGCUCGCCGAGCUGCGCGCAGUUCGUCAUCAAUGAGAAUGCAGCACGAUUCACAGCUCAAUUUCCAGAAGCCGUUGAAGCCAUUAGGAAAUGUCAUUAUGUCGAUGACAUGUUGGUAAGCGUCGACACCGAAGAGGAAGCGAUAAAACUGUCAAAGGACAUCCAGCACAUCCAUCUGCAGGGUGGAUCCACUAUGAGAAACUGGAUUUCAAAUUCUCCUGCUGUUUUACAAGCGCUCGGAGAGCCAGGACAGGUGGAGAAGAAUUUAGGUGUGGACAAUGAGGCAGUACUGGAGAAGAUUCUUGGAAUGUGGUGGGACACCAGGACCGACACCUUUCGAUACAAACUCUCCACUCAACGAAAUCAAGAACUUCUAUCCGGCAGUAAGCAUCCCACCAAACGAGAUGUACUGCGUGUACUGAUGUCAGUAUAUGAUCCCCUCGGCUUGAUAUCACAUUACAUGAUAUAUCUGAAGCUGCUCUUCCAAGAAAUUUGGAGGAUGGGAUCAUCAUGGGAUGACGAAAUUGGCGAAAACCAGCUGAUAAAAUGGAAUAAUUGGCUACAGCUCCUACCGGAGGUUGAAUCUGUGCGGAUUCCACGUUGCUAUCACCUGUCCCCCUCACGGGGUAGGCUUCGUACGAUCGAGCUGCAUACGUUCGUGGAUGCCAGUGAACUUGGAUACGCAGCAGUUUGUUACUUCCGAUUUAUUGAAGGAGAUAGAAUUUCGUGUUCACUAGUCGGAUCGAAAAGCAGAGUUGCACCGAUCAAGUUUGUAUCGAUCCCACGACUUGAGCUUCAGGCAGCGGUGAUUGGCACUCGUUUAGCGAGAAGCAUCGAAGAAGGACAUUCAAUCAGGGUUGAUCGACGAGUUUUUUGGACAGAUGCCCGUGACGUAAUCUGUUGGCUUAAGUCGGAUCAUCGAAAAUAUUCCCAGUUCGUUGCAUUUCGUGUUGGGGAGAUUUUGGAAGUCACGAAUAUAGAAGAAUGGAGGUGGAUUCGUGGAAAAAUCAACGUUGCCGACGAAGGUACGAAAUGGGAUGGUACACCAAAUUUCGACGUCAACUGCGACGGUGAGAGGAGUCUCGCUUAA